AUGGUGACAGUGGCACCUUUAUCUCAAUCUGAAGUGGCCCUGCGAAAGUCGGUUGACCAGUUACUGAGUGAUUCGGUGGAACCAUGGGCCAGCAGGCCAGGUUAUGCCGUCUUUGACGACGAAGAGUGCAAUGUUGUCAAUACCAAAAUGCAGCGACUGUCCAUCAAGACUCCAUCGGCUCAAGAUACCCCAGAAAAGCCACCCGAACCAAGAGACCCCGAUGACAGUGUCGAAGCUCGAAAACGAGCACCAGCUACCUACGGGGAAAUCACAUCGGCAGGAGCUAGGCAGCUCUUCUAUCACAUGGGUUUAUCAACAGAUGACACUGGAAAUGAAGAAGAAGAAAUUGUCUUUGUGGAUUUAGGUUCUGGCCGUGGGAAACUCAUCCUGCAAGCGUACAUGGAACUGCCUCGAUUGUCCAAGGCCACUGGCAUUGAGUUGGCUUCCCCACGACAUGAUACAGCUGUUACCGCAUGGACAGACCUACAAUCAACAGCCAGAAAGCUCCGAUUCGGCGGUCAGCCAGAAAACGAGAGUUCUUCCAAAAUAAUAAAGGAAGCUACAGUUGAGUUUCUGAAUGAAGACUUUCUAGAAGUGGACUUGUCCAAUGUGACGCACAUGUACAUCUCUUCCUUGUGUUUCCCAGAGACCCUCAUGUAUCACAUUGCUGCCAAGCUGGAGCGGGAUGCUCCAAAAUUGAAAUGUGUGGCCACAUUAAGGGCGUUUCCAGCGGAAUUCCAGAAAAGAGGGAUUCUGGAUCGAACAUCUUAUGAACUUGUCUACAAGACAUUUGGUUUUGUGGAUCGAAUCGAAGAGGUCGAAAUGACCUGGACACAACACAGAGCUGGUGGUUGUCCAACGUAUGUAUACACCAAGGCACCAGAGUUUAAAUAG